CGCAUUGUGCAAUAAAGCUGGACACGUUUUGAAUGGUGACGCGCUCCUGGGGCAUGCCGGGAGUUGUAGUUCUGUCUCCUCGCUGUCCAUGAGGAGCUGAGGCCGAUUUUUCCAAACUGCAGUCUAUGUAUCCUCAUGGCCUCAGAUAAGGUGACAGAGAAAGACUGGUACGACAUACUGGGGGCGCAUCCAUCUGACAGCCAAGUGGAGCUGAAACAAAAGUACCAAGCGCUGGCUCUAUUAUACCAUCCAGACAAGCAGCGCAGGGACGAUGCAGCUGAACCAGUAACAGAGGGCGCACAGAGGUUUAUUGAAAUCAAUCAGGCGUGGAAGAUUCUGGGGAACGAGGAGACAAAGCACGCCUAUGACCUGCAGCGGCGUGACAUCGAGAUGACCCGGUCGUUCCCUGUGGACACUCAGAUACACUUAGAGGAAAUGUUUUGGGAUGACGAUGGAGAACAUUACUCCUUCCUGUGUCGUUGUGGAGGAAAGUAUAUUGUUGACGAAGAAGACUUGGAACAGACAUUUUUAGUAAAUUGCAAUUCCUGCUCAUUGAUUAUAGAGAUCUUACACGGAGAACGGUAAGCGUGGAUAAUGAGAGAGAAGAAUGGAAUCCUGGAAUGGACUACGGACAUAUGGUGUAUAAAUCUUGUUUGUUAUAUCUGUAUAUACUGUAUUAUAGUGUUUCUGUAAUUAUUAAAGAAAAAACCCUUUUGUA